AUGGUCCUUGCUGGUUUACAUCACCAAAGCUUUCUGACAGAAUCACUGCCCUAUGUCAGACUUCACUCUGUGACGCCCCCUGGUGGUAAACAUCAGACCAUGUUUGUCUGCAGCGUCUUUGACUUCUAUCCCAAGUACAUCAGAGUGAGCUGGCUCAGAGACGGAAAGGAAGUCACCUCUGAUGUCUCGUCCACUGAUGAGAUGGCAGACGGUGAUUGGUACUACCAGAUCCACAUUCACCUGGAGUACACGCCCAGGUCUGGAGAGAAGAUCUCCUGUGGUGAACAUGCCAGCCUGAGAGAACCUCUGGUUACUGACUGGGACCCAUCCAUGUCUGAGAUUGAGAGAAACAAGAUUGCCAUUGGAACCUCCGGACUGAUCCUGGGUUUGAUCGUAUUUCUGGCUGGAUUCAUUGACUACAAGAGGAAGGCCAGAGGAAGGACACUAGUUCCCAGUAACUGA